AACCUGCCUGCUCGCGCUCCUUGAGCCGCCGCUCCUCUUUCGCUCCUGCUGGAAUCAGGCUGCGAGUUCCCGGCCCGCCGCCCGAAAGACUCCCGCCUGGCACGCGCGCGUGCUCGCAUCCACGUUGCCCUUCACCGCACGCACUCACACUCAUCCCCGCUCACACUCAUCACCCUCUCACACACGCGCGCUCACACUUACGGGAGUGCUCCCCCUGGAACGCGCGCUCACACUUCCCCGCUUACAGCCGACUCGCGCCCUGAGCGCUCGCCCGGCAGGGGCGCGCAGGCACCGCCGGCGAGAGCGCCAAGGGGAUCCACGGCCUCCCCAUGGCUGACCUGAGCUUCAUCGAAGAUUCCGUGGCCUUCCCGGAGAAGGAGGAGGAUGAGGAGGAAGAGGAGGAAGGUGUUGAGUGGGGCUUGGUGUUUCCGGAUGCUAAUGGGGAGUACCAGUCUCCCAUUAACUUGAAUUCAAGAGAAGCUCGAUAUGACCCCUCACUGCUGGAUAUCCGCCUCUCCCCAAAUUAUGUGGUCUGCCGGGACUGUGAGGUCGCCAAUGACGGGCAUACCAUUCAGGUUAUCCUGAAGUCGAAAUCAGUUCUAUCAGGAGGUCCAUUGCCUCAAGGACAUGAAUUUGAGCUGUAUGAAGUUAGAUUUCACUGGGGAAGAGAAAACCAGCGUGGUUCUGAGCACACAGUUAAUUUCAAAGCUUUUCCCAUGGAGCUCCACCUGAUCCACUGGAACUCUACCUUGUUUGGCAGUAUUGAUGAGGCCGUGGGGAAGCCCCAUGGAAUCGCUAUCAUCGCUUUGUUUGUCCAGAUCGGAAAAGAGCACGUGGGCCUGAAGGCUGUGACUGAAAUCCUCCAGGAUAUUCAGUAUAAGGGGAAGUCCAAAACAAUACCCUGCUUUAAUCCUAACACUUUAUUACCAGACCCCUUGCUGCGUGAUUACUGGGUCUACGAAGGCUCUCUCACCAUCCCACCCUGCAGCGAAGGUGUGACCUGGAUAUUAUUCCGAUACCCUCUGACGAUAUCCCAGCUACAGAUUGAAGAAUUUCGAAGGCUGAGGACACAUGUGAAGGGGGCAGAGCUCGUGGAGGGCUGUGAUGGGAUUUUGGGAGACAAUUUUAGGCCCACUCAGCCGCUCAGUGACAGAGUCAUUAGAGCUGCGUUUCAGUAGCCAGAGAAAACAGGAGCUGACGUGUCUGCAUCUGGGAGGAAGACAGUGGUCCUGUGGUGUCCUUGGAUAAGAAACGGAAACUUCGAGCUGCAGCUUUGGUUUAUCCUCAAAGCCUGCAUUGUUUUCUUCAUCUAAUCCAACUGUGAUGGACAUCUGCGACAGUUGCCUGUACACGAGCUCUAAUGAAAUAUUAGAAAUGGCUAUACAUUCAAAUGGAGCCCCAUAUUCUGUAUCCACAUCACUGCUGCUAGUAUUCACAUUUUUGCACUUACUGUUUAUUGCUUAUGUGUAGAGGAAAUGAAACUAGUUUUCAGAGUUAUUGUUAAUAUGAAUGCAUAUAUAUCAUGUAUUAACACUGAGACAGGAAAAAUAUAUUUCCAGCAUUUGCAGUCCUUCAUUUCCUGUCUCCAACAGAAAAUUCACUCAUUCAGAGAAUAGUGUAAUUCUUGAUAAUAAAUUGAGAGUUCUGAUCAAGAGCAGCAUACAGCUUCAAAAUGGAAUGUGAAGGAUUAGUAAAAAUCUUAUCCUGUGUUACUUUUCAACCGUCAUACCAUGAUUAAUGUCAGGGUGAUUUGUUAUAAAACAUAAUUUGGGAGUUAAUCCAAGAACAUAAUACUUACUUUAUAUAUUAUUUUCUUAGUUAGAUGAUUUAAUUGAAUAUACGAAUAUAAUCAUAUUUAUUUGACAUAUGAGAAGUUGUGGUUUCUAGAAAUUUGAGAAAGGUGUAAGAAAUAAAUAGGAUAAAAAGCAGAUACUUUAUUUUUGUUUUAUAGCUUUAUUUUCCAUAAUAGAAACAUAAAUUUAAUAGUAUGGCAUAAUAAUUAAGUGGUGUACAUUGUGUAAGUCUUUAAAAUAUUUUGUUUUAUAGGCUUCACAUCAGUAUAUUGAGAUAUUUCUUUUGAAGAUGAUCAAUAUCUUUAUUUUAAUUAAUAUUAAGUGCUACUGGCUAAUUUAAGCAUAUGCUUAGAUGCAAUUAGAUGUGGCAGAACGAGAUAAUUUAUGUAAAGCAAUAGAGUGGCUGGCACAAAGCUAGUACUUAGUAUAUGUUAUUAGUCGUCGUUAUAAUUAUUCUUGUAAAACUAAUGACUUCAGUAACAUAGACCCAAUUUUGAGGGAUUUCAUGAUAUGAAAUAUCAAAGUUAGAAAUAAUACAGAUGCAAUUAGGUAGUAUGUGCUGAGAAAUUUUAGAUGUGUUGGGUGGAGGUUGUAAUAAUGAAAAGCAUUAAAUACAAAUAAAAAAAAAAUCACACCAACUAUCCCUGAAAAUGGAAGCCAAGAUGGCUCGUGGUGGACACUUGGGCAGUCGGAGUCAUAGCUCUGGGGCUGUGGGUGGGGACAGUGGUUUGCUUCUUGUGAAUUGACUCUCCUGCUUUGCAAGCAGUGUCCUGGGUCGGGGCGAAGCCUCUGGUUUUUUGGUUUUGUGGCUUGUCUUGCCCAGCAUGAAAUUUCCACCCUAUGAAUAAGCUGAGGUUAAGGUGAGCAAGGUCCUGGUAUUCUCAGUCUGCCUCUGGGUGGAAAACCUCUGCUCUGUGAGUGGGGGUUGGGUGGAGGAAGGGGGCUUAGGGGCUCUUGAAAUUUAGCCUCUGUAAACCUUUUAAGAAUCCCUUGAUUGAGGUUUGAGGGAAGAAGGAACCUCAUCUUCCUGGUCAUACCCACCUAAAAUGGGUAUUUAAUCCCACUAAACUGGAAUGAGUGUGUUUAUGGCUCAGAUUCCAAAUAUUUUUACUGAGAUUCAGGAGAGUUUUCUUGAAUACAUUUUUCUCCAUUUGUUACAUGUCCUUAAGAAAAUUUAUGGACACUUUGCAUUUCUUCCUCUUCUUUUUUAAUUAAAGUUUUUCUUCUGGACCAUU